UAAGCCUUCAGUUGCCCCCCCAUGGCAGCGACGCUGGCCAGGCUUAAGACAUGGUGGAGGUCGAAGAGUGCGGAUGGGGACGACGCCGAGACAGAUCAGCAGAUGACCAUGAUGUGGGAAGUGGCGAACAUCAAGGUAGAGCCGCCGAGCAAGAAGGAUCCCGUACGCCCAAGCAAGGUUCCAGUCUUGCAGGACUUGCCCACAGAACCCACGGACAUCUCCUACCCGCCUCGCGCAGAGCCUGCUUGGACCUCCGCCGCCGACGACGGCGAGAUCGAGGUGCAGGUUAGCAGGUCCAGGUCGAGGAAGUCGACAGUGGAAGGCGGUCUGACACCCUGGUCAGAUGAGGCAGACGAGGAUGCAGUUGGUUUGCGCAGGCCCAGCGUUCUUUGGAUGGACUAUGUCAUCAACAACGAAGCCGAGAGAAGAUUCCAAGGAAAUUGCGUUGCUGCUAUGCGGCCGCGUCGGCAGUUCCGAGAUCGGCCUGAGCACAUGCGGCGGCAGGACCUGAUCAAGGAGGUGAAGCACCCGGACCUGGUGAAAUUGUGCCAAGUGGCAGCUCGGCGGAGGGGCGAAGUGGAUCCUUCGCUGGAAAUGACCAAGGCCAACAUCUCCCACAUGGACAUCACGGUUUAGCUCACUGCUUUGCGCUCGAAGCCAAGCUGAAAAACCUUUGGUUUCCCUGAUUUGGUCUUUUUUUGGCAGAGGUGCCAAAUUGCCAAAGGCUGCCAAACGGUGAGCCUUUGUUUUUGGGUCCUUUGGGCGAGUGAGUUAGACUUCUGUGACACUCCUCACGCGUGUCCUAUGCCUUGGCAGGGCCGGCCUUGAUGGGUUUAUGUUCCCGAGCUGCCUUGUUUCGACGGUGGAUUUGCUUUUGGCCAAGGGCUGGCUGAGAGGCUGCGCUCUCGCGAGCAGCGCCCCAGCUUUUAGAGACCGGGGCUGGCGAAGCCACUUCCGGCCGACAAGGGGGAAGAUGC